AUGGCACCGGUCGGCGAAAGUCAGACUCUUUCAGCGAAAAGGGCUCAAUUUUCUGGCCCAUCUGGUAUCAAGGGCCUCGCUCAUAAUGGCAAAACUUCAGGCAUUGCCACAUUUGCAGCCUUGGGCGGAUUUGUCUACGGCUAUAACCAAGGCAUGUUUGGACAGAUUCUUACUAUGCCUUCAUUCAUCGACCGGAUCAACCCUUACUAUGAUGGUGCCACUGGCAUCGAACAAGGUCUUCUCACGAGCAUCCUCGAACUCGGCGCCUGGGUAGGAGUGCUGAUUAACGGAUGGCUUGCUGAUGCUGUCGGACGACGUCUGUCUGUGGUGGUUGCUUGUGUUGUUUUCACGGUAGGUGUAAUUGUGCAAGCCUGCACAGUCAACAAAGACUACAUUCUCGCCGGCCGAUUUGUAACGGGCCUUGGCGUCGGAGCAUUUAGCAUGCUGGUUCCACUGUACAACGCAGAGUUGGCCCCCCCUGAGGUCCGAGGUGCACUUGUGGCUCUCCAGCAACUCGCCAUCACUUUUGGCAUCAUGAUCUCCUACUGGAUAGGUUACGGGACGAACUUCAUUGGCGGUAGGGGUCAAGGCCAGUCAGACGCCGCUUGGCUGAUUCCUAUCUGCAUCCAACUCGUUCCGUCAACAGUCUUGGCGAUUGGCAUGGUUCUUUUCAUGCCGCAGAGCCCACGCCAUUUGAUGAACCGCGGACGAGAGCAGGAAUGUCUGGAAACACUAGCACGACUAAGAAGCACUACAACGGAUGACAUCAGGGUUCGGAUCGAAUUUUUAGAGAUCAAAGCUGCGCGCGACUUUGAGCGGCUACGUUUGGCAGAGAAAUUCCCUCAGUAUCAAGGCGGAGAUUUCAAGAGCAACUUCAAGCUCGGUUUUCACGACUAUAUGUCUCUCGUCACUAACAAAUCACUCUUGAAGCGAACAUUUGUUGCGGUCUUCACGAUGCUUUUCCAGCAGUGGAACGGGGUCAACGCCAUCCUCUAUUAUGCGCCAUUCAUUUUUAAUGGAUUUGGUUUUGAUCAGAAUACGACGUCUCUCCUUGCAACUGGGGUAGUUGGCGUCGUGAUGUUUUUAGCGACGAUUCCGGCUGUUCUUUAUGUCGACCGCAUUGGGCGCAAGACUAUCCUGAUUGCUGGUGGUGUUGGUAUGGCCUGCUCUCAUUUUGUCGUUGCCGGAAUUACCGGUGCUUACAGUGACGACUGGCCUGCCCACAGAGCUGCUGGCUGGGUAGCGGUCGCUUUCGUUUGGUUCUAUGCCAUCAAUUUUGGAUAUUCUUGGGGGCCUGUUGCUUGGAUCAUUAUUAGCGAAGUAUACCCUCUAGGCAUGCGAGCCAAGGGGGUCAGCAUUGGCGCAUCAUCAAACUGGUUGAACAACUUUGCGGUCGCCGUCUCGACCUCGUCUUUCCUUGCUGCCACACAGAUGGGAGCCUUUAUCUUUUUUGGUGCCGUCACGACCGCAGGCGUUUUGUUUGUAAUCUUCAUGGUCCCAGAAACGAAGGGCAGAUCCCUGGAGGAGAUGGAUGAGCUCUUUGGCGAGAUCGGUUUCGCCCAGGCUGAUAGAGCCCGAAAAGAAAAGAUUGAAGACGAUAUCGGACUUACGGCCCUAUUAAAUGGUUCAGACAGUGGCGCGGUGGAGCACCAUCCGCAAGACGAUUCGCAGUUGAAAGAAAUGUAG